CACCACCCCAUCCCUCGACCUCAGCCACCAUGACUCUCGCCGUCGACCUCCUCAACCCCACUGCCGAGAACCAGGCCCGCUCGCACAAGCUGAAGCGGCUGGUACAGAACCCCAACUCGUUCUUCAUGGACGUCAAGUGCCCCGGCUGCUUCGCCAUCACCACGGUCUUCAGCCACGCCCAGACCGUCGUGCUCUGCGGCAGCUGCGCCACCGUGCUGAGCCAGCCCACCGGCGGCAAGGCCCGCCUGACCGAGGGCUGCUCCUUCCGGCGCAAGGGCAACUAAGCGGCUCUCGUAGCCGCCUUGGUUCCUUCGUCUCAGCCUCUCGUCAUCAUCUCGCACAUACACAUCCUCAUGCCCUGUUCCCGCGGUCCCUUCUCACCCACACGCACCACCCACAUCUCGGUGCGCGCCCAAGCAGACGUGCAAUCUGCUUCGUCAUGCUCCGGUCUCGCUCCGCACGAACCGGCGGCAGCCGCAUCCUGACUGCACGGUCUCGAUGCGAGCCACUCUGACGGGAG